AGUUAGUCACACAAGUUAGACCUUAACCCUCCAUCGACGUAGAGCUCCUUUAAACUUCUUGUCUCCGGGUUUUCUUAGGGAUUUUUGUUUCAGUGAAAGUGAAACAUCAGCCUCCCUCCUUCGUCUGUGGGGUUUCCUUCAGCCGCGCAGCCGCGACGCGACUGCUAAAUAACUUAACAGCGAAGUUGACGCUAGCACCGUCGGUUGGAUAACUGACUAGCUAGUUAGCUUUCGCUAACGGUUCCAACACAGAGCUGGAGUAAAUGGUUAACCGGACACGAGUGCCAUUGUUUGUUUUCUCUUCACUUGGGAGUUUACUCAGUGAACGGUUCUGGGGUUUGGUCGCUCUUUGGUCGCUGGGUGAGAACUCAGCUUGGCUUUGUGUUAUGGCUAACUGUUAUCGUUCGUAGUGGAAAACGUCACGUCUCCCCUCGGCUUUCGCUUCCCCCGAGCCGAAGCGCUAUGGUCGCUGAGAGGAAGUAGUCCGCUGGAUAUUUCAGGUGCGAUGUUUUAUCUUCCGCCGUUGCUGCUGGUUGAGCCGCUGCCACAGUGAUUAACUGCAGGUCACCUGGUCCAGCAUGAAGGCCCUGGGCUCCAGAUUCUCUUUUUAUGCGGGUUUUGUGGUGGGGACCUUCACAUUAUACGUGUUCCUGCGGCAGGUUUGGUUUGAGAGGUCGGAGCAGGCCGAAGGCUAUAGGAAACUUAAUGUCCAGGUGCAACAGUUGGACGAAGACCAGGGGAUAUGGAAGAAAGAUAGGUCUGCUCUGUUCAACUUGGAUCACCCUCACCAUAGAGGUGAGGAUAGCCGCAUGGCUGAUGAAUUGUACAACAAGGUGCGAAUCCUUUGCUGGGUGAUGACUGGUCCCAACAACUUGGAGACAAAGGCCCGGCAUGUCAAGUACACAUGGAGCCGCCAUUGCAACAUAGUUGUUUUCAUGAGCUCUGUGGAUGACCCCGACUUCCCCACGGUGGGACUUGGCACAAAGGAGGGGCGCGAUCAGCUGUACUGGAAAACGAUCAGGGCCUUCCAUUACGCCUAUGAGCAUCACGCCAAUGAGGCAGACUGGUUCCUCAAGGCAGAUGACGACACCUACGUCAUAGUGGACAAUCUGCGAUGGAUCCUCGCCAACCACACGCCGGACGAGCCGAUUUACUUCGGCCGAAGAUUCAAGCCCUACACCAAGCAGGGGUACAUGAGCGGCGGCGCGGGAUACGUACUGAGCAGAGAAGCCCUGCGGAGAUUCGUAGAAGGUUUUAAAAACAAAGUGUGCACACACACUUCAUCUGUAGAGGACCUGGCGAUGGGGCAGUGUAUGGAGAAGGUUGGGGUGCUGGCAGGAGACUCCCGAGACACUGUGCAAAGGGAGACGUUCCACCCCUUCGUCCCCGAGCAACACCUCACUGCCAAGUUCCCUAAGAGCUUCUGGUACUGGAGCUACUGCUACUACCCCAUCUCAGAGGGUCCAAACUGCUGUUCAGAUGUGUCGGUGUCUUUUCAUUAUGUAGACGCCACCAGCAUGUACAUGUUGGAGUACUACGCCUAUCACCUGCGUGCCUUUGGCUACAGAUACCGCUACCAGCCGCCGACCCCAAAGGCUUACAGAGCUGAACUUCCAAAUGCCUUGGAUUUUCCUGAAAGACUAAAAGAGCGGGCGUCUGGGGUCAAGGAGUCCGGGGCUGGAGAUGAUUCAGCGCAGGAAGCAGGUCCUGCACCUGUGGCUGCUAAAGAUCCUGCUGAAGCGCCAGUUUGAUAAUAACACGGAUUUUAAGUAGGAGAAGAUGGGUGUUUUUCGUGUUACCCAUGCAUUGUGAUAGUCUGGGAUUGUAGUUCUUCACAAGCAGGAAAUUGGCUCCCCUUUGAUCCUAAGCUUCUUCCACAUACAAGCGCAUUCCCUGAGGAUCCUGGAGCUCAGCGACUGCUUUUAAUGUCAGCUGUGACUGCAAGACUGUUCCACGGGCUGAGACUUUUACCCUUUUAUUUUCUGAAGUGGUUUUACAACUGUGUUCUUGGACGCCUGUGUUUGUCUAUAUGAAUUUUUGAGAGGGUGAUCCUGAUCCAACAUUUUAACAAAAAUGUUCAUUUAAUUUGUUUUAAUGUUUUAUGUUUUAAGUCUGCAUUCACAACAAGAAAACUGUCAUUUGGUUGUCCUGCACACCCGCAGACGUUGUCUGACUUCAUUCCUCACAGCGAACUGCAAGGGAGGACCUGGUUCUGUCAAGAAUGCCCUGGUUUCAUGUUCUGAGCCGUAAAACUUUCUCAUCAGUUUAAACUUCCAGUCACGUUCGUGUUCGUUUUUUUGGGUUUUUCGCAUGAGCUACCUCUCAAACUGUUUUUCAGUCUUUUUCAGCUGGACACGAAGCAUAACAUUCCAUGUGGGACUCCUUAUUAACCUAGUCACAUUUUGGUUGUUAUGCUUCAUAAAGAAAGUCUUGUCUGUCUGGAACAGGCCGGGCUGGUUUCAGCCAUGGAAUAGUAAAGUUUUAUGACUUCUAAAGCUGUCCAUGUUCCUACAGUUUAAAGUCCUCCUGAGGAAAUGCCCAAGCUAUUCUGGUCUGAAAUAUUUAUUUAUAAUGUUUUUAAUGUUCAAGCCUACCCAGAUGCCCAUGGCUGUCAUAAACUAUUCAUUUGCUUUUUUUAAAAUUGAUGUAUAAAAGCUUCCUAAUGAAGGUUCAGAAACUUUAAAAAUGGCCUUUUUUGCCAACAAUUUAAAAAGAGAAGAACACCAAAUCCUUACAUUGCAGACCAAGAGAGUUUUUGGCAGUAAUACACAUAAAGUGCGUUCUUUGUACCCAGAUCACUUUUUUAUUUAGUUUAUUAAGCGUAGCUAAAUAUGUCAAACUUUUUUAAAGAACUUAAGACAAAUCUUGUUUUUAUAUCUGAGAAUAAUUCUGUUCAACCGAGCCUAAAAGAUUUGAAAUAUUUGUCUACUCCGUAGUGUUAAAUAACAUGGACUACUUUACUUGAUUUUAAAGUAGGACAGCCCUGCUCUAAAGUGAAGCUACGUCUCAAUCAAAUUCAAGUCAAAACUUUUAAUAAAACCAAUCUUAAAUAUAAUUUUUUUUUAUUAUUAUUACUUAUUGAGCCGUUCAAAUAUUUGCUUGAGCUUUAGGUUAUAUUCUGAUGGCUGGACAUCUUGCACCAGAAUAUUUCUGGCAGGGCAAAAGUCAUGCUUCCAUCAUUUAAAAUGUCCUGGACAACUUUAGUUAAAUAUUUUAGUUGAUUGAUUCAAUUAUCUUCUCACGUUGAGACAGUCAGCUAUUUAAACUUAUUUCAUGAUCUGAAAUAUGUUAGAAAAUACAAAAAGUAACAACUUUUUCACACCACUGUAAAGGGAACAUAAACACAGAUUUAGACUUGAAUUAUUUUACUUUAUUCCAUUUAAUCAAAUCUACAAUAUUCCCAAUCCUGUGUAUAUGAGCCUGUAUACAUACAUUAGAUAUGUUUACUAUAAUAUUUCAGAUCUAUAUAAUCCAACCAAAGAUUUUUGCACUGGAGAAAAGAUUCCCCAGUGAAGGUAGUAGUUUUCUUCAUUCAUUUCAUCCAACAGUUUCACUCAUACAGCCGUGUUUCCUUGCUGGAUGGUCGAGGAAGUAGUUGAUUGAAUAAUUUCUCGUUCCCUUUGAAAAUAUGGGUGGUUUGCUGAAAGCAAACAGUUGCAGGAUAUUUGUCUGCGCUUCCUGAAACUGCCACUUGUCAUACACACACACACACACAUUUGGCAAGUUCCUGCGUCCUUCUCCCCAAGCUGACGCUUAAAGAAUGUGCCUUGCGAACUGAGAAUGUAUGAGCCAUGAGCUGCACACGCGACUUUGCACUGUGACGUUAAAAUGGGGAAAAAAGGACGAUGAAGGAUAAUUUUGUUCCAAGCCUUUCAUUGUGUGUUUUGCUUCUGUUUGCUUUAGUUUGACUGGAAAAAACCCUUUUUUUAAAUUUAAAUUUUUUUUUUUUUUUUUUUUUUUUUUUAGAUGACAAUGUGUAAAAGUUUCUACUUUUUCUGAUAAACUGAAAAUUUUAUGUUUGUGAAAAAUGAUGGCCAAGAAGUGGCUGAAAAACAAAACACACUGCACUUUUGAUUUUGAUUUCAACCACUUUAAAUUUGUUUACAUGGAAGCUUUUCAGACUCUGUGUUACAACUAAUUAUUUGUGUGUGAGAAGCGCAGUUCUAUUUUUAUCCGUUUUUUUAACAGGAGAUGGUUGUAAGAUUUCACAUGUCUCGGUGUCAGUCAAAUUGGGAUUUUUUUACGUCAAAGCCUCUUUGAAAGAAGUUGCUUCGGCUCGUGUUUGAUAUCUGCUGCAUUGAAUUUUUUCUUAAAAAGAGUGAGACACCAGUUCCUUGACAAUCUUGUCAACAUUAGGGUUUUUCUCACAGGGAAAAAAAUGUACAGUGCUGUGUCGACACUUGACAUGUAUUUGUGUUAGUUGUUGGAAUUGAAGUGUGCAGAUUUGUGAGAGCACAGAAAAUAUGAUUUUUUUUUUUUUUUUGUGAAAGGUACUUUAAUCACUAUAAAUAAAUAUUUUACUGUA